GUCACAUAUCCACCCUUUAACGUUGUGUCUAAAUAAACAAACCGUUUCCAAAUCAGCGCCUUGACAGACCACUUUAUCUGUCUUGGAUAGUGGCACAACCGACGCGUAACAUUUUGAAAGCUUGUGUCCAGUAGACAGCCACAGAGAGCGGGGAUGAGUUAAGGAGGUUUUAAAGGAACGAGUCACGGUUUCUAAAGUGGAAAAUCAAACAACUGAAAGUUUUGUGUUCGACGGAACCAUUGGAGUACAUUGUGACCAGCAAGAAACCAUUCAACUCCGACCUCCGAUGCAAAGGCUCCAUGGCAUAAAGCCUGUCCUCAGAUUCAGCUGGUCCCUGGGGAGAGCUGCUGAGGAGCUCACUACUCUGACGCCCCGCUGCCAUUUUCCACAGCCUGAGGGGAACCAGGAAGCAGCCGGCAGGAGCCAUGCCUGCCCUGGCCACCGGAGCCGGCCACGAGCCAGGUCUGUAUGAGCUGCUGGCGGCUCUGCCCUCCCAGCUGCAGCCCCAUGUCAGCUGCCCUGAGGACAACACCUUCCUCCAGGACAUGUUUGGGGAGAGAAGCCUCCACUCGCUAGUCAAGAUCCAUGAACGGCUGCAGCACUACGAAGAGAGCAAACCCGUCCCCGUCCUGGACAACGCUGCAGCUCUGGCCCAUGAAUUGUCCGCGGAGCUGGAAGGGAAAUCAGAAAAUGGAGAAAUCAAAGAGCUUCUGCAACUACUGACCAAACCCCACGUGAAGAGCCUUCUGUCAGUCCAUGACACUGUCGCCCAGAAGGGUUACGACCCCGAACUACCUCCACUGCCUGAAGACAUUGACGACGAUGAGGAUUCGGUGAAAAUCAUAAGACUCGUCAAAAACAAGGAACCUCUUGGAGCAACUAUAAGGCGUGACGAACACACAGGAGCCAUCCUUGUGGCCCGGAUCAUGAGAGGAGGGGCAGCCGACAGAAGCGGACUGAUUCAUGUAGGAGAUGAACUGAAGGAGGUCAAUGGAAUCCCUGUGGAUGACAAGAAACCAGAGGAAAUCAUUCGUAUUCUGGCCCAGUCGCAAGGAGCCAUUACCUUUAAAGUUGUCCCCGCCAUCAAGGAGGAGGCGCCAACCAAGGAGCCAAAGGUGUUUGUGAAGGCACUCUUUGACUAUGACCCUAAAGAGGACAAAGCCAUCCCAUGUAAGGAGGCUGGACUGGCCUUCAAGAAGGGCUCCAUUCUUCAGAUCAUGAGCCAAGAUGAUGCAACCUGGUGGCAGGCCAAACACGAGGGGGAAGCCAAUCCCCGUGCUGGCCUAAUCCCAUCCAAACAGUUUCAGGAGAGGAGAUUUGCACUGCCGCGACCUGUUGCGACUCUCCCGUUCCAGAAGACCUCUAGCCGACGAUCAUAUGAUGUGGCUGUAGAUUUUGCUGAGGAGAUCGAAGAGGAUGCUGACUAUUGUAGCGGAUUCCACCUAGCUGGGUUCAGGAGAAGCUUCCGCCUCAGCAGGAGGGACAAGAAGACCAACAAGUCCAUGUACGAGUCUAAGAAGAGCGAAAUGUACGACAUGGCUGACGUGCCCACGUACGAGGAGGUCACCCCGCACCGCAGGCAGAGCGAAGCUAGGCACAGGCUGGUGGUCCUAGUAGGACCCACAGGAGUUGGCUUGAAUGAGCUUAAGAGGAAACUGUUGAUCUCAGACCCCCAGCACUUCAGUGUGACCAUCCCACACACCAGUCGGGCCAAGAAGAACCAGGAGAGCGACGGCGUGGAGUACCACUUCAUCUCCAAACAUCUCUUUGAGACAGAUAUCCAGAACAACAAGUUUAUCGAGUAUGGCGAGUACAAAGGCAAUUACUACGGGACAAGUCUAGACUCGAUACGCUCCGUCCUCUCCAAGAACAAAGUGUGCCUAUUGGAUGUCCAGCCUCAAACGAUAAAGCACCUGCGGACGGCAGAGUUUAAACCCUUUGUAGUGUUUGUGAAGCCUCCUACGAUUGAGAGACUGAGGGAGACCAGACAGAACGGCAGAAUCUUAUCAGGCAAGGACGACAAGGGAUCCGCCAAGCCAUUCACGGAGGAGGACUUUCAGGAGAUGGUGAGAACUGCCCAGCUGAUGGAGACUCAAUAUGGCCAUCUGUUUGAGAAGGUCAUAGUCAACAAUGACCUCUCAGCCGCCUUCAGCGAGCUGCGUUUGGCACUAAAGAAAGUGGAGAUGGAGACUCACUGGGUUCCAGUCAGCUGGACUCACUCCUGAGAUCCACACUGACUGUAAAAGGAGAAAAGGGAAGGGCUUUGACAAAAAUAUGCAGGUUUUUAUCUUUCUGUCUGCUGUGGCUGGUGUUGGUGGGAUAACGGGAAUAAAACUAGACAGCGCCAGGCGGCUGUGUUGCCAUACCUGGGCUGCACGGAGCUAAAAAUAAGCUUUUGCCUUGGAUUUAGGCCUCAGCUGUGGUCUGGAUGUGGAUCUCCAGGUCUGACCAGAUCUGACAGGGUUGAGGCUAAGGGCGUCUGUCCAGAAUAUGAGUUUUGGACAUUGAUCUGUGUUUCAGUCUGGGUCACACAGCCAUGGCCACGAGUUGGAGCUCUUCGGUCCAAACCAGAAUGUGGAACGAGCCUGGACCAUCACAGCACCAGCAGUCCUGCCAGCACAUCAGCAACCGCGCCAACCAGAACUCUUUAGUGUGUUUAUAACAUUAGACCAUUAGAAACCAAAGGGAUUGACAUAUUUCUUCUUGGUGGACAACUUACAUGCAUAUGUCUGUAAAAAAAAAAAAAAAAAAAAAUACAACCUCUGAGGGGAAAAAGGGGAGAAAAGAAAAUAUAUUUGCCUUCUGUCUUAAUGUAUUUUUCUUUGCUUCUAUCAUGCUUCCAUGACUGUUACUCCAAACAAAACAUUGUCAGGUACACUCUCAAGAAAGGGCAGAAAGUGUAAUUUUAUUUAAGAUAAAUUAAUAUAUUUUCUAAUAUCCUCCAGUUGUGUUUUUUGCAUACCUUUUAUAUACAUAUCUUGACUUUUGGAACAACCUGAGCUCAACUGUAGCCACCUCUCUGACAGAUUUUUACACUAGAGGCGUCUCUUCUUUCAGUCAAGUGUUUUGAUUUCAUCACCCUAGUCUAGUUUUCCCCCUACAAAGCACAUAGAGAGACAUUUUAUUUAGGUGUUAUAUAUUCCAUUUAGGAGCAUUUUGAAAAGCCACCCCUCCAUAUGAAGGUGCCCAGCAUAACAGCUUUGCCAUUUAAAGUCCCAGAACUGGACACUUUGGCUGUCUGCUAGAAGAAAAUGUUCACAAUUGUGUUUUAUUAGGGUGGAGUCUUUAUUUUUAUUCACAUAAAAAUGGCUUCAGCAAGGCUGCUAAUAGAGGGUCCACAGCACACUUCCAGGAUUUUAACUCAGAGAAAUGCUAAGUAGCCGCUCCUGACUUUAUGGGCAUUAGAAGUUUAUUGCUAAUUUGAGUCUCCCAUUCCCAGUCUAACUUUUUUUUUUUUUUUUACUGAUAUUUUUUCCUUUUUAAGAUGGUAUCAUAGAGAUACUUUAACUUUUGGGACAUUGAUUUUCAAAGCAGCUAGUCAGUAAUCCUGGCUGUGUUAUCAUAAACAAUGUUACAGCCAUGGUAGAUCCGUGGUUCUUUGCUGCUAAUGUAGUGAAAACCCGAUGAAGCAAUAUUUUAAACACUAGUUUGCCCUCUUAUUUGCUUUCUUACCGAGAGUGAGUUGAGAGGAUCGACACGACUUUCGUGUUGUUAUAUUACGUACGGACCUAGAGCCAAGUGGCAAUUAGCUUAGCCUAGCAUAAAAACUGGAAACAGUCUGGCCUAGCCUGGCUCUGUCCAAAGUUCAAAAAUAUGCCUACUAGCACCUCUAAAGUUGUGGUUUUAUGAACUUGUCGUUUCUGUUUGUGAACAAGAUAUUUCUUCGUUUGUAAGCUUUAAAGGUGCUGGUACACAUAUUUUUUAACUUUGGAUGGAGAGCCAGAGUAGUUGUUUCCCCCUGCUUCCACUCUGUGUGCUAAAAUAAGCUAAGCUAAUUACCUUCUGACUCUAGCGCCAUAUUUAACGUACAGACAUUAAAAUGAUAUUGAUCUUCUCAUUUAACUCUUGGCAAGAAAGCCAAUAAUGUUUUCCACAAUGUCAAACUAUUCCCAUAACUAUUUCUUUCUUCUUUUUUUUUUUUAACUCUGAACAAUUGGCCACCAUACUGUACAAAUCCUCUUUGAAUUUUUCUCAUACACUAGCUGUAUGUCCAGCUCAGGUUGCAUUGCCCAAAUUUCUUCAUGUUCAUUUAUUUUACCUUUUCCACCUACUAUGGUAUUUAUAUAUUUGAUUUCUGUCAUUUUUUUAAAAAGGGUAAUAUGAGUGUUUAUGCUUUUUCGUAAUGAUAACACACAUUUUAAAGGCACAUAAACACCCCUCACCCCUUUACUUUGCCCCUACUUUUUAUUCAUUUUAAUAUCAGAUUAAGUUCCUUUUUUAUAUUAUUUUACUUGUUCACCUCUUUAUAUCUUACCCCUCUGUCAUCAGUUUUAUUGAUCAGAAUCAGAUUUGUACAGUCUCCAGAAAUAUUUUUAAUUUCUUGCUGUAAAUGAAAUGCUGUUUACGAAGCAAGUUGUAUGAAUUUACAUUAUUCUUAAUCACUGCUACAUUUUAUAUUAAAGAAAAUCCAACUAAA